CUCCCCCCUCGACCACGAACCAAGAAGCGCCAGUGACGACCUCUCGCGCUUUGCGGAACCAAGACCUGUCUACGUCUUGCGCGCUCUCCCGUCCAAGCCCGUCUUGAUACCGAGUGUCCGCAGUCACCACGCUUUUCCAGACACGCCCACCACACAAGGUUUGGGACACGACUGGCCCCGGCGAAACCCUACGCCAACCCACGACCUAGCCGUCGCCAAGCAUCGCGCUUUGCCUCGCCACUUGGAUCGCAAGUCGGCGCCCUUCCCAGUACCUCAAUUGAGUUCCAAUUGAAGCUCAGCCGCCCAACAUGAGCGGCACCGCCAGUAAUGGGGCCUCGUCGCCAACAUUUGAGAAGCCCCUCUUGAGCCCCAUCCCACAGAUCCAACGCAACGCCAGCACCAAGCAGCUGAAGCUUAUGAACGGUCCCCUUUACCAGCAAGGCCACAACAAUGUCAAUGUCGUGCUUAUCCGAAGGGUUAGGAGGACAGACGACAGCGCCUGGAAGAUGUUGAGCCGUUGGAUGGUCGAGAACCAAAUCGGUCUCUCCUUCAAUCUCCUUGCCCUCCUCUUCCUUGCCCACUUCUUCAUCCCGAAGGCGCAGCCUCACACGGUCAAGUUCUUCACCCUGUCAUACUACAACCAGCAAACUGGCUUGUAUGGUGCCGGCCUUGGCGACUCCUGCCUCCUCGCCUUCUGUAUCGUCCUGUUUACCGGCCUCCGCGCAGCGACCAUGGAAUACGUGAUGGCGCCCUUAGCCAAGGGAUGGGGCAUUAAGAAACGAAAGGACCUCACUCGCUUCAGUGAGCAGGCAUGGCUGUUGGUUUACUACAUGGUUUUCUGGCCUUUGGGCAUGUACAUCUACAAGACAUCUCCCUACUGGCUGAACCUCAGGGAGCUGUGGACGAAUUGGCCCCAGCGCGAGCUUUCCGGCCUCAACAAGUUCUACAUCCUGGCGCAAUGGGCUUUCUGGCUGCAGCAGAUUCUCGUUAUCAACAUUGAGGAGCGUCGCAAGGAUCACUGGCAGAUGUUCACCCACCACAUCAUCACUUGCACCCUGAUUUCCGCCUGCUACAGCUACCACCAGACUCGCGUCGGAAACCUAAUCCUUGUUCUCAUGGAUGUCGUCGACCUAUUCUUCCCCCUCGCCAAGUGCCUCAAGUACGUUGGGCUCAACACGCUUUGCGAUCUCAUGUUCGGCGCCUUCGUUCUGUCGUGGCUGCUUGCCCGUCACGUCUUCUACAUGAUGGUGUGCUGGUCCAUUUACACCCACAUUCCCGAAGAGAUCCCCGAUUCCUGCUACACAGGCCAGCACCCCAACCUCAAUGGACCGCUGCCCAUACCUGAAAGCAAGGGCUGGAUGCUAGAACCUUUCUAUAAGACAAACGGCAUUGUCUGCUGGAACUCUACUAUCCGCUGGUCGUUCCUUUCCACUCUACUUGUCUUGCAGGUAAUUACCAUUGGGUGGUUUUUUAUGAUUCUGCGUGUCGUCAUGAAGGUCCUUCGUGGUGGAAACGCCGAGGACACCCGCAGUGACGAUGAAGGCGAAUGCGAAGAGGAGGAGGAGGGUUACGUCUACGAGGAGGCCCAGGCACUCGAGGAGGAGGUUGGCGUUGAGGACAUUGACCUCAAGAGCUGGGAGCGGAGAACGGGUAUCAAGAGGCAAGCGAGCGCGUCGGGCGUUAGCCUACCGGGCCAUAGCGACCGCAAGGAGCUGCUUGGUAGAAUCGGCUGCGAGAAGCAGGUUGACUAAAUCUGACGAAUGGAAGCCACCCAGCGAAACAACGAAACGUUCUUGGUGGGCAGAGGUCCAGUGUAUACCACCCGUUGAUGUAUAGGGGAACGGAAGAGGAGUUAACAGAACGUGUCGUCGUGGUCGGGAAAAGACUGCGGCGCCACAUACUCACGUACUUUGCUAGAGCAUAGUGCGCGCCUGGAUGGCAGGC